AAAUAAAGCAGACCGGGGAGCAAGCAGAAUGUUGCAGUCAAGGAUACCGGGAGGAUUAAAUGAUUGCGCUGGAAGGAAACAAAAACAUGUCAUAUUACAACCACAACUGUGUUGGUUGUAAUUUAAAGCACUGUGCAACAGCGAGACAAUGUGACGAAUGAAAGGCAGGGGAGGGUCAGUGCGACGCUGGCGAUGUGACUUUGGAAAGGCUGCUAAGGUGACACAAAGAGCCGGCAGCCAUUGUUUUGGAAUCCCAAUUGCAUUUUUCACAGGCAAUUCCAUUAAGGCAACAAUGGCACGUCUUCUUUCUCUGUUCCGGCCCCAACCAUUUGUGACUCUGCUUGGGAACAGGAACAUGUCACUGGACUACGGAGCACGCCAGGUGUUUGUGGCGGCGGUGGAGUCCGUGCAGCCGGACGUUGUGGUCCGUCAGGGCUUGCAGCGUAAAAACGACUCGGUCAUCGUCGGAGGACACGAAUUCCCCCUGCAGAACAACGUGCACAUCGUGGGCUUUGGCAAAGCCGUGCUGGGCAUGGCCGCCGAGGCAGAGAGGAUUGUGGAAGAUCACCUCGUGGGCGGAGUCAUCAGCGUGCCACACGGCAUUCAGCAGACCUUAAGGCAACACGGUAAAAAUCACCUGCUGGUAACAGGAAGUAGUCGCAUCAGAGUCAUGGAGGGCGCUCAACACAACCUGCCUGACUCUGACUCCAUGAAGGCGUCCGAGUGCAUCACCAAGUUGGCGAGUGAACUCACAGACAAAGACCUGCUGCUGGUUCUUAUCUCAGGUGGAGGUUCUGCACUGUUACCUGCACCCAGCCCUCCAAUAACGCUGCAGGAGAAGUUGGACGUCACUCGCAAACUGGCGGCCGCCGGUGCCACCAUUCAAGAGCUGAACACGGUGCGACGCGCUCUUUCCACCUUAAAAGGCGGAGGACUUGCACGAUGUGCUCAUCCUGCUCAGGUGCUCGGGUUGAUACUGUCUGACGUGAUCGGCGACCCAUUGGACCUGAUAGCGAGCGGCCCCACUGUGGGGGGUCAGGUGUGUCGCGAGGACGUGCUGGCUGUUCUUGAGCGCUACAAGCUGCUGGACUCCGCACCCGCCUCUGUUAAGGACGUGCUGGGGAGACUGCCUCAGCGACAGGAAGUUAAGGGGGAGGAGGCGGGGCAUGUCCUCAACGCCGUGAUCGGCUCCAACAGCGUCGCCCUCCAGCGUGCGGCCCAUCGUGCGCAGGAAUUGGGUUUUAACCCGCUGGUGCUUUCGCCGGGAGUUUGUGGCGAUGUGCGGUCGGUGUCCCAUCUGUACGGCCUCUUGGCUCGCUUCGCCGGCCCCCACCAGGAACCCUCGUCUGAGAUCCGAGCCAAGGUGCUGAAUCUAGGACCCGAGGUGGGCGUGGACAGCGAGGACCUGCGCCGCACCAUGCAGAGCUUGGAGCGGCUCCGUUCACAGGCGGGGGGCACUACUUGUGUGUUGGCGGGGGGAGAGCCCACCGUGCAGCUGACGGGUAAAGGCCGUGGAGGUCGGAACCAGGAGCUGGCAAUGAGAGUGGGACUGGAGCUGAGAGGUUUCCAGGGUCCCGUCUUCCUGAGCGGCGGGACCGACGGUCAGGAUGGACCCACCGAGGCGGCGGGGGCCGUUACUGAUGGAGGGUUGCAUGAAGAGGCCGAGAGACAAGGCCUGGACAUUUCCAGCUUCCUCAAAAACAAUGAUUCCUUCACUUUUUUUAAACGCCUCUCUGGGGGGCACAACUUACUGCAACCGGGGCUAACCUGCACCAACGUCAUGGACGUGCACAUCCUGAUUAUUCCACACUGACAUUCUUUUAAUCGCACAAAAACCUCAAAUAAGGCAGCACGGUGGAAGAGAAAUUAGGGCGUCUGCGUCACAAUACAAAGGUCCUGGGUUUGAUCCUGUGCUCGGGAUCUUUCUGUGUGGAGUUUGCAUGUCCUCCCCCUGACUGCGUGGGUUCCCUCCGGGUACUCCGGCUUCCUCCCACUUCCAAAGACAUGCACCUGGGGAUAGGUUGAUUGGCAACACUAAAUCUCCUGUCCAAAGGCAAAACCCAGUAACUCAAUUUUGGUCAAAACUGAGCUGAUAAUAAUUCUGGAGUUCCUAGGUGAUAUGCUUUACAUUAGUGUAUGCGAUAUUGUUAUUUGUUCCGUAAGUAAGCUGUUACGCGCAUGGCAGGACCUAGCAACUACCACAUAACCGCGUAGAUACAACAGAAAAACCUAGUAUCUCAAGGGACCAAUCGGAGCUUCUUUGUCAGUCGCCUUAUUGUCUUUAAUGAGACAUUUGCACGAAUGGGGGCCUUAUUGUCUUUAAUGAGACAUUUGCACGAAUGGGGUCCGACGGUCAACCUGAUUAUGUGAUAGUAUGGCACGAGGGGAUAUUUGGAAGAUUGGCCCAGGACGUUGCAAGCACCUUCAUUAAAUGUAUUGUUCUUGAUUCUUCCCCUUGCAUACUCUUCUGGGCAGAAAACUGUGGAGGUCAAAAUAAAAACUGGACACUGUACACGGCUCUUGCCCAGUGUGCAAACGCAGAAUGGGGCCCACCCGAGAUUGUGAUAAAAUAUCUGGAGAAAGGGCCCACGUUCAUGAGAGCAGAUUCAAUCCAUGGCUCAAUCGGCAAGAAAAUGAAAGCUCAAGAAAACAUCUAUACGUCUGAUGACUUUGUAGAUCUUUGUAAGACAGCAUCAAGAUAGAUUGGUUUUCCUUUAUUUUCUCAAAAUCAGCUAGAAGUGAGUUACUAGGUUUUGCCUUUGGACGGGAAAAAAUGGUCCCUAGUGUGUGAAUGUGAGUGUGAAUGUUGUCUGUCUAUCUAUGUCGGCCCUGUGGUGAGAUGGCGACUUGUCCAGGGUGUACACCGCCUUCCGCCCGAUUGUAGCCGAGUUAGGCUCCAGCGCCCCCCGCAACCCCAAAGGGAAUAAGGGGUAGGAUAUGGAUGGAUGGAUGGAUGGAAAAACAUCAAAUACUUGAUUGCAGACCUUUAUUGAACUAGUGAAUUGUGAAUUAUAUUUAUAUAGCGCUUUUCUCUAGUGACUCAAAACGCUUUACAUAGUGAAACCAAAUAUCUAAGUUACAUUUAAACCAGUGUGGGUGGCACUGGGAGCAGGUGGGUAAAGUGUCUUGCCCAAGGAGACACAACGGCAGUGAAUAGGAUGGCGGAAGCGGGAAUCGAACCUGCAACCCUCAAGUUGCUGGCACGGCCACUCUACCAACCGAGCUAUGCCGCCCCACUACCGUAUAUAACAUCAUUCAGUACUGAAAAAGACACUUUUAAAAUCAAGUGAAAACGAGAUAUGCUUUUUCACGUUCAUGGUUUUGGCAGUGAUUGUGGAGUCCAUCCAUCCAUCCAUCCGUCCAUUUUCUACCACUUGCCCCUUUCGGGGCCGUGGAAGGCAGCUGCACUCGGGCAGAAGGCGGUGUACACCCAGGACAAGUGGCCACUUCAUCACAGAUAGACAACCAUUCACACACUUGGGCUAAUUUAUUGUGAAGUCACGACUAAUUUAUUUUCCAUCCACCCAUUUUCUACCGCUUGUCCCUUUUGGAGUGGCGGGGAGUGCUGGAGCUUAUCUCAGCUGCAUUCGGGCGGAAGGCGGUGUACACCCUGGACAAGUUGCCACCUCACCGCAGGGCCAACACAUAUGGACAGACAACAUUCACACUCACAUUCACACACUAGGGCAGUGGUUCUUAACCUUGUUAGAGGUACUGAGCCCCACCAGUUUCAUUUGCGCAUUCACCGAACCCUUCUUUAGUGAAAAAUAAAAUGUUUUUCAAGUUCAAGACAAAGAUAUGAUCUUUUACUGGUGCACAAAAUGAACCGUGCAUGAACAUCACCUUGUUCAAAAAACAAAACCAACACAGUGCAUGAACUUGUAACAAAAUACACACCUGCAAAUCAGUUUGGGUUCUGCUGUUGUCGUAUCCAAUAUAUGCCGAUAGGGAGAAGUUUUUUUGUACACGAUGAGUCGGGUGUGGCCCGAGUGGAGGCUCCACCGAACCCCUAGGGUUCGAUCAAACCCUGGUUAAGAACCACUGGACUAGGGCCAAUUUUAGUGGUACCAAUGAUUUUGCAGUCACGAUUAAUUUAUUUUCCAUCCACCCAUUUUCUACCGCUUGUCCCUUUUGAGAUUGCGGGGGGUGCUGGAGCCUAUCUCAGCUGCAUUUGGGCUGAAGGCGGUGUACACCCUGGACAAGUCGCCACCUCACCACAGGGCAAACACAGAUAGACAGACAACACUCACAUUCACACACUAGGGCCCAUUUAGUGUUGCCAAUCAACCUAUCCCCAGAUGCAUGUCUUUGGAGGUGGGAGGAAGACCACGCAGUCAUGGGAAGAACAUGCAAACUCCACACAGAAAGAUCCCGAGCCCGGGAUUGAACUCAGGACUACUUAGGACCUUCGUAUUGUGAGGCACAUGCACUAACAACCCCUGUUCCACCGUGCUGCCCCUAAUUUAUUUUAAUAUUCUAAAAUGUCUUUACACUAUUUUAUAGAGUAGACCAGGGGUGCCCAUUACGUCGAUCGCGAGCUACCAGUCGACCGCGGGGGGUGUGUCAGUCGAUCUCCAGCCAGGCUUUUAAAAAAAAUAGACCUAAAAAUUAGUGAUCAUCAAUCUUCACCAAGACGUCACUUAAAUGAUAUCCACGGUACCGGAGGGUCUUGUGAGAUGACGCUGGCUGCUGCAAGAUCAUUAUUAUGAAAAUAUGACCGAGAGGAAGGCGAGAAACACUUUUUAUUUCAACAGACUCUCGCGCCGUACCUU